AUGAUACCUGCCAGCGCCGCAUCAAUGUUACCGUCUGCAGAAGCUGCCAAAUUGUACCAGACCAAUUACGUCCGAAACUCCCGCGUCAUCGGACUCCUGUGGGCUAUAUUCACUAUUUUGUUCGGCAUCGUGAACGUGACCAUCUUCUCGCAGCCCUAUUGGAUCGGCGAUGGUGUGGACACGCCACAGGCCGGGUACUUCGGCCUCUUUCACUACUGCAUCGGGGACGGGGUGUCCAGAGAGCUGGCCUGCCAGGGCAGCUUCACCGAGUUCUCCGCCAUCCCAUCUAGGGCUUUCAAGGCCGCCUCCUUCUUUAUCGGGAUGUCCAUGAUGCUCGUGGUCACCUGCAUCGGCUGCUUCUCGCUCUUCUUCCUGCUCAGCACCUCCACUGUGUACAAGAUCUGUGGCUGGAUGCAGGCUGCUGCAGGUGUGUGUCUGGUACUGGGCUGUAUGAUCUACCCCGACGGCUGGGACAGUGAUGAAGUGCGACGGAUGUGCGGCGAGCAGACGGACAAAUACAGUCUGGGGGCCUGCUCCAUGCGCUGGGCCUACAUCCUCGCCAUUAUGGGUAUACUGGAUGCACUCAUCCUUUCCUUCCUGGCUUUCGUCCUCGGGAACCGACAGGACGGCCUCAUGACGGAGGAGCUCUUAGCAGAAAGCAAAGGUGGGUGUGACGCCAUGACCUGA